CCUUUGACCUUGUGAUACGGUAUACUAGCAGGCCAACCAGGCUGAUUGAAUGCAGCCGUGUGUUCGCAGUUGGGGGAGAGAAAUAACGACGUAUACAGCAGUCGUCGCCAUCAAAUGUCAUCGAGAACCUUCCUCUGACCUUCUGAUGUAAAGUUACACCCGUGGAGAAUUGGACUGGUGCAGCUGUUCUGCUGAAAUCGAAGAAGACUGUGGACUGUGCAUAUGCAGCAGUCACCGUUGAACGUCAGCAUCGCCUUUGGUUGAUAGCGACCCAGUGAAUGUUACCAGUGCUCUUUACACUGCAAGACGUGGCCUUCCUGGGAACGGAGGGAAGAGGCCUUCAGAGUACCAAUCUUCAGACCGUAGGCUUGAAAGUCCUGGAAAAAUCUCAAAGAACACCUUUUUCAGCUGCCUUGUCUGGAAUUCCAAGCAGGACUGCACGACUGAAAAGACUUAGCAGGAUCUAUUAUAUCUUUCUGAUUUGCUUGUCCUCCUUGGCAGCGGUACGGGACAUGUAGAAAGAGCAAGCCUAGGCAGAAAAGAACCUACUUUUCGUUGAUUUAGCACCGGUAAGACAGCCGUGUUUGUGAGAAGCGUUGGUAAGGAAGAGGCGCCUCAAAAUCUUCCCAUCUUUGGUCAACCUUUGAUACGUUUGUGGUUGAAACAAGGGCAUACUACAAUUGCCACUUUAGUUUUGUCAAGAGCACACUGAAGUGAUUGCAGGCUCUCCUGGAUUCAGAAGAGAUGCCUUUUUGGAGCUGUUUCUCGAGGGGAAUGGCCAAGCAAACCGAGGAGAUGGAAAGCAGCGAGAGCCCUCGUCAACGCUCUUCCAUGCGGCACUCCAAAAGGGCUGCGACUUCUGGUAAUGACACAGUUCUACAACUACGGGGUUUGCCAGAAAACGUCGCAGGGAGCAAGUCUGGCGAUCCGGCGACUGCUUGCGAUUCGAAGGUCAUCAUCUCUUCUCCGUUGCCAAGCUGGCUUUCUUUGCGCUUGCAAGCGUAUGAGUACGUCGUGCAAUCUGGAGUUGACACGUGGGCAGAAGGAAGGGGGGGUCGCUUGACUGACUAUGCUGGUGCACAAACUCAAGACACCAGCCAAGUCACUUCAAGGGAAGGGCCAUUCGCGGCCUCACUCAAAGAAAAGAAGCAUUUCUAUGAGCAGUGGCUGGAUCAAUUCAGAGCCACUCCGCAGCAGCUUAGCGAAGAGGCAACUUUUUGUCGCAGUUGGGGCUCCUCUAUUGACCUUGAGUCCCAAUCGAAUCACCCGGUAUCUGACCCCAAGGACUCAAGCACAGAUCUUACGCGUGGGAAAGGGUGGGUUCCCGUGACCAGGGAAGAAGAGCCCCCCAAUACGGCGGGCUCAGACGAGACGUACUCGGCUGACUCUGAGGAAGAAAUUUUCUCGCCAAGCUGGGUGGAGGAAGUUCUCUCCGGGAGGGAAGAGCGGCGGUGGGUAGGGCGGCUGAGGUACUGA